CUCGUAACUUCCGCGAGAUGUGAAAUAUGGCGGACACCAUAAUGAAAACCUUUUUUGCAUAAAUUUUGCAUGGUUUUCAAUGAAUCGUCUCUUUAUUUUAUAUUUAAAUCAGUAAAAAUACAUAAAGCAACAUACAUACUGUAGCAAAUUUUAUUGUGAACCUUUCAGAUUAGUUAAGUUUGCUGUUUUUGUGGUAAUUCAGAACGUUUAUUGUUUUGAAAAUAAAUUUUUGGCAUUUUUCAUGCGUUACAAGCCUUUCCUUAAAUUAGCUUUGAAAUUGGCAAACAUUGAUUUGUGAGCAGUAGACAUGGAUUACAAACCAUACGACAAGAUAUUUGCUAAAGUUAAAGGCUAUCCAGCAUGGCCUGCAAGGAUUGACGAGGCAAGGGACGAUGUGAAGGUACCUAAAGGCAAAUAUCCCAUCUUUUUCUAUGGAACACAUGAAACAUACACUCUCGCACCUAAAGACAUUUUCCCAUAUGAGAAACAUAAAGAAAAAUUUGCGAAGCCGCAGAAGAGAAAAGGUUUUAAUGAAGGAUUGUGGGAAAUUGAGCACAAUCCUCGAGUGACAUUCAGUCAGGCAGUAGAAGAGGAGAAAGAGGAAGUUGCAGAAGUGUCUGAGGAGGAAGUCGAGGCACUUGAUCAAACUAAACAGAAGGGGAAAGCAGCCGUGAAGAGAAAGAAAAAGACCAGUCCGAGUGGCAAGCCGGCAGCGAAACGGAAAAAAGUAGAGAAGAAAGCAGAGGAUGGUGAAGAAGAAGAUGAAGUGGAAGAAGAAGAAGAAGUAGAAUCUCCGUCUGACAAUCCCGAUGAUGAGGAUUUUGAAAUUGAAGAAACUCCCAAGAAGUCGACUAAGAAGCGAGGUCGGCCCCCGAAGAAGAAGGCAGACGAAAGCAGUGACGAGGAAGAAGAGGCGGAAAAACCUGCCAAAAAGACGCCAAAACCUCGUAAACAGAGCACAGGCGGUAGUGCUAAGAAAGCCACACCAGCAAAAAAGGCAGCAGCUGGUCGGAAGAAAAAGCAAGAUAUUGGUGAGGACGAUGAAGUUAGUGACAGUUUGAGCUCACUUAGUGACAGUAGUGAGUCUGAUGACAUUGACUUGAGUGGAUGGAAGAAAAAAGAAGAAGAACGAAAGAAGGAACUACAGAGGAAGAUAGAGGAGGCUAGUGAAAAGAAACGUAAAGAGGAGGCCGAGAGGAUCAAGAAAGCUAAACAAGAAAUGAAGAUAGAGCAGGAGAACGAAGACAACGAUGAGGAAUCUUCCCCUGGAGAUAGACCAAAAAGAGAAAGAAAAAAGAAAAAGUUCUUUGAUGGAGAGGAGGCUGACGUUUCACCGACCAAGAAAGAACUAAAAUCACCAGAAGUUAAAGCGGAAACUAAGGACAAAACACUGAAAUCAUCCAAACAGAAAGAACCCAAAGUCACAAAAGACACGCAAAAAGACUCGAAAGAUAUGCCAAAAGACAAUGUGAAAGACUCUAAGCAUUCUAAUGAUGACUCUCCUGUAAAUCAUAAAGAGGAACGUAGAAAAAGUGUAGACAAAGUGAAAUCAGAAAAGUCCAAUAAACCGGAAAUAGUGUCUCAAAAAGUGAAAGAAAAGUUAAAAGAUAAACUUGACAAAGAAGGAGAUAGCAUUGAUAAAACUGAAACAGAUGGAAAGUUAGGGAAAGAUGAAAAAGACAAAGUGAAAGUAGAAAA